AUGUCAUCAAAAGCGAUCCUCCAGCGUUCAUGGCGAGCAACAUGCCGCAGCCCGCGGAUGGGGGCACCAAAGCCCACAUACGCACCUCGACGGUGGAGUGGCUCAAUCUCACAAAGGCCAGGUUCAGAUCGAGUACUUUUCCCCGGUGCCGUCAACAGCAAGUUCACCACCGACAUGUCCUUCCUGAAAGCCUCCGACCUGCCCGCAAUCCCCACAUACCGAGUCAUUGACUCCGACGGCGAGCUGGUGGACAACUCGAGAGCCCCUCCGGACGUAUCAGACGAGGAGGUGCUGACAUGGUACAAAAAUAUGCUGUCGGUCAGUAUUAUGGAUGUGGUGAUGUUCGAGGCACAGCGGCAAGGCCGACUUAGCUUUUACAUGGUCUCCGCGGGUGAGGAAGGCAUUGCGGUCGCAUCUGCCGCUGCACUUACACCAGACGACGUGGUCUUCGCGCAAUACCGUGAAGCAGGGGUCUUCCAACAACGAGGAUAUACAUUGAAGAAUUUCAUGGGUCAACUUUUUGCCAACUGCAACGACACAGGUAAAGGCCGCAACAUGCCUGUCCAUUACGGACAAAAUUACCCCCGCAUACACACAAUUUCAUCCCCCUUGGCCACGCAGAUCCCUCAUGCGGCUGGCGCCGCGUAUGCUUUGAAAAUGCAGGACCUUCAGAAUCCCAAUCGUGAGCGUCGAAUCGUUGCGUGCUACUUUGGCGAAGGUGCAGCCAGUGAGGGCGAUUUCCACGCCGCUCUCAACAUUGCCGCCACGCGCUCAUGUCCUGUGGUGUUUGUGUGCCGCAACAACGGAUUCGCUAUUUCUACGCCAACCCUUGAGCAGUAUCGCGGGGAUGGCAUCGCUAGCCGAGGCGUCGGAUACGGAAUCGAUACGAUCCGCGUCGACGGUAACGAUGUCUUUGCAGUCAACGAAGCUAUGAAGGAGGCCCGUCGACUCGCAUUGACCGAUGGCGGGCGACCGGUCUUGAUCGAGGCCAUGAGCUACCGCGUUUCCCAUCACAGUACUAGCGACGACAGUUUCGCAUACCGGGCUCGUGUGGAAGUUGAGGACUGGAAGCGCCGAGACAACCCAAUUAUCCGCUUAAGGAAAUGGCUGGAGAACAAGGGGCUUUGGAACGAUGAGCUAGAACAAGAGACUCGUGAUUCCAUGCGAAAAGCCGUGCUGAAGGAAUUCAGUGAGGCGGAACGGGAGAAGAAGCCCCCGCUUCGGGAAGCCUUUGCCGAUGUGUACGAAGAGUUGACCGAGGAAGCUCAGGCACAAAUGAAGGAGCUUAAGCGGAUCUUGGAGACUUAUCCUGACGAAUAUGAUCUCCGUCCAUACAAAGACGGCGUCAAAGGUCUCGACUAA